GUGACAUUGCAUCUACCCCACCCCAGUCUGUUAACUGUCAUACCAUUACCGAUAUUAUCAAUAGGAUUUAAAGGGUUAAACAUAAACGUUUUCAUACUGUAAUCAAAGUGAAGUAAAUUUAAACAAAAAAUGCCUAGAUUGCCAAAAGACCCAAAGCAGCAGAGCUCUGGAAAAAUCACCCGCAAUCCGAAGUGUGCAAGAUGCAGGAACCACGGUUUCAUCGUGCAGCUCAAAGGGCACGCGGGGAAGUGCCAGUUUCACCACUGCGCCUGCUGGAAGUGCUCCCUCAUCACGGAGAGGACCAAGAUCAUGGCUUUUCAGAGGCGCAUCAAGAAAAGCCAAGUGGAGGAAGCGGAACCCGGGGAGCCGGCGAGCGCGCAGGCAGAGGAUGUGCCCCAAGUCCCGCCGAUGGCGAGUCACGGAAACGGGGCUGGACAAGUAGCACAACAGGCGCGGACCCCGGCGGGCGCUGCGGCGCAGGGAACCGGCUCAGGUGCCGAGGAUCUGCACUGCUGGGCCUCCCAGUGGCACCCCAAUAAAGACGGUGCCUUUAUGAAUAGAACGCCUCGGUUCCCCUCCGAUUACAUCUUUGCGGAACUGACUCCGAGGGACCUGUACCCGGGCGAUCUGCUCACCAUGCCCAUCCCCGUGAAGCUGUAUCCCUACUACGGGACCCCCUACGCCUGCCAGACGCUAAUGCUGAACAUGCCCGGCGCCGGAGCAGACUCCGUCCCUGGGCUUCCCCACUUCCAGUCCGCGGGGGUGCCAUAUUCACCGGAGGAGUGUAGAGUCCCGCUGUUUCCCCCUCCCUUAAUGCCCCACGUGGGCAUUCAGCAGGAGCAGGCUGCGCAACACCUCCCCUUCACAGGACUCCUCAAGGACAGGGAGAAGAGGACGGGCAUGCAUUCACAUGAGAGUCAGGGACCGCGUGUGAAUUCCAUGGGAAGUGAGCCAUCCACGGACAGCCUGUGAAGGUGGCUGAAAUCCAUGGCUGACUUGUUCUCUCUUAAAAUUAGUUUUUUUGUGUUUUUUUUUUACUGUUCACAUUCUGUUCGCA